AUGUCGAAGAAAAAGCCGAUUUUUACGCGAUGUGAACGAUGUCACACCUUCUUCCUAACUCCUCACUUUCAAAAACAUCCAAAUAACUGUAGUGAUGAGGAUGGGCUUCUUAAAAUCGUUCCGAAAAAGCUUUUAUCUGGGAUUUCGCACAAGUUAGAGAAGGGGAAAGAUGGAUUACCGAAUUCAGCAUUGGGUUGGCACAAGUUUAACACGAUAUUGGUGAAUCCACAAGCUUUGGACAUGUUUGAAGUGUUGCCAAGAAGUCCAUUGGUCUUGAGAGAACUUGGCUGUGACGACAAAAAGACAUUGGUAACAGCUUGGCCGUGCUCUGAGGUAAGGGUUUUCGAUUUUUAUUGUUGUUUAGGUUGAUUAUUGAUUAAUGGAUAGUUUUUUCUUAGAAGGAGAAGAUGUUACCUGAUGUUUUAAAAUCAAAAGUGCACAGAUAUUUGACUAAAGACAUUGCUUUCAGCUCCAACCUCUACGAUUCAGCAUGGAUAACAUCGUUGCUGAAAGAACGUUAUCCUUAGAAGCAGUGGAAUCUUUUGAAAAUUUAAAAACCUUGACCCUAGAGCCAGUAGAUACUAUUAGCUCAAGUUUACUUCAAGCUUCUCACUUUUCUGCGUUUAUCUCGGUAUAUCUAAACGGAGCUUUUGUUAGUCCGUCGAUACCUAUUGAAAUCAACUAUUUGGCCAAGAAAUAUCGCUUCGAAAUGCUUGAAGAUAUAUCAGUUGUGUUCGAUGCGAUUGGUUUUGAUGGAUCCGAAAAGAUACGAGUGUACAAAGUUACUCCAGACACAGUGGUUAGGUUUAAAACGAAACAUAUUGUUGAAGGUGGCGUUGAGCUGGCUUCUGCAAACAUUUUUGACAAAAUUGGAGGCGCUGAACUUGUGAAACAAAGAGUAGAAGAAUAUCUUUUUGCUCCUAUUGAAAAGUAAGCUGGUUUAUUGCUAAAUCUUUAUCUUUAGGCUGUGUUUAUAUUGUGUUAAAGAUAAAACAAGCUAUAAACUUUAAAAAAACAUAAUUUUAGAGGCCUUCGCCCGUUUUCCUUGAUCAUCUGGGGCUUUACUGGAUGUGGAAAGUCCUUGUUUCUUUCAUGUAUACAAGAACGACUACCAGGACAGUCAUUAACGUUCACAUCAAUGAAGGAUCUGUCUGAAAAGCGAUCUCAGAUCAAGUCAGACACAGUAUUGUUAUUGGAUUUUCAGCCUUCAACUUCAGAUUCAAACAAUUUUGUGGAUAUUGUAUGUGAUUUGCUGGAUUCAAAGGCUUGUUUAUGUGUAAUAUUGACUACAAGAUCUAUUGAUCAGCUUGAUUUGCGAGUUAGAAGGAGGUUUGAAGUCGAAAUGGAGCUUAUGGUACCUUCAACUGCUGAAAGAAAGGCUAUUUUUGAAAUUUUGUUGGCUGAUGAGUUGAAACAUGAGUCUGGAAGGUUGGCAAAGUAUGUUUUUUCUUGUCUUUUGUUUGUUUUUGAGUUUAGAUUACUUUACUUUAACUUAUGGGUAAUAUCAACUUUUAUUAUCGUUAAAAAACCGUAAUAAGCACGUUAGCCAUAGUAUUCUCAACGUUGUUAACCUAUGUGAAGAUGCCAAACUUUAGAGAAUGUUAGAAACCUUUCAAACCUAAAAUUAUGGUUUUCAGAGACACCCACGGCUUUACUGGGGCAGAUAUCAAUGUUUUAUGUAAAAAGGCAGAGCUUCUGAAACGUAAUGGAGAUGCCAAGCCUUUAGAGGCUGCUAGAAGUCAGACGGAACCUACUGGAAUAAAACAAUUUAUACUGGAAGUUCCGAACGUUUCUUGGGAUCAAAUUGGCGGAAAUCACGCUUUAAAGCUUGAAAUUCAGCAGGUAAAAUACGUUAUAAAGAUUUAUAAGAUUAUUUAUUAAAAUACGGAUUAUAUUUUUGUUAUAAUGCUUUAUAUAGGAUUUGAAGCAAUAUUUUACCAUUUCCAUCUAAUUUCAGGCUGUUGUAUGGCCAUACGAGCAUCCAGAAGCCUUCGAACGCCUCGGUGUUCAACCUCCAAAUGGUAUCUUACUCUACGGACCUCCAGGCUGUUCCAAAACCCUUAUUGCCAGAGCUUUGGCCAGCCAAUCCAGCCUAAACUUCUUAUCAGUUAAAGGCCCCGAACUCUUUAGCAAAUACGUUGGAGAAUCAGAACGAGCAGUUCGGGACCUAUUCCAUCGUGCCAGACAAGUCAGUCCAGCUAUAUUAUUCUUCGACGAAAUCGAUGCCAUAGCUACGAAACGUGGCCAAGACAAAAGUAAUGCAGUAUCGGAUCGAGUCUUGGCUCAGAUGUUGACAGAGUUGGAUGGACUGGAGAAGAGUAGUCGAGUGUUUGUUGUUGCUGCUACGAAUCGACCGGACACGCUGGAUAGUGCGUUGUUGAGGCCAGGAAGAUUGGACAGAGCGAUUUAUGUUCCGUUACCUGAUUUUGAGACGCGGUAAGGUUGAUAAAGAUGUUUUGGUUUAAAAAAUAGGUAUAAAAAAGCAUUUUUGGUAAAAAAAAUACAUAGAAAAUAGACUUUGAAGGCUUAAAAAACAUAUAUUACCCUUUAUUUUCAGCCGCCAAAUUAUUGAAAUCCAAUUCAAGAAGGUGAAGGUCAGCUCUGAAGUUGAUAUAGAAGCACUAGCAGAGAGGACAAAUGGUUACUCAGGAGCAGAGCUAGUGGCCUUGAUCAAGAACUCAGCCUUAUGUGCCAUGAGAGAGAGUUUAGAAGCUAAUGAGGUGACACAAGAGCACAUAGAUCAGUCUUUCAGUAUGGUACUAGCUCGAACUGAUAAGCAUUUACUUGGAUUGUACGAAAAAUUUGCCCGAGGCGAUCGUUGA